AAAUUUUACGGCAUAUGUACGGCCCAUUUGCUUAAAUUGCCAGUUGACGACAAUUCUAUCGCUUCACUCCACCGCCUACUUGAUUCUCCGUUCCACUUUCAUUAGGCCUCAGACGGUCAGCACGAACGUGCUAUAAACCAGAUCCGGUAUGUCUUCAGCUCAAGAAAACGAGCGAGAAGUUUCUGGGAGCGUUCCCCUCGAGGAAAUCGAGCGAUCAGGAAAGCCUGCGUUUGUUCUUUCUCUCACCGAGGUCAAAUUACUGGGAAUCGCAGGGGUUGGAUUUUUUCUCGAUGCUUAUGACCUCUUUAUCAUCAAUCCUGUCCUGACAAUGCUCCAAUAUCGUCUAUAUGGCGGGAACGCACUUCCUGUUGGACUCCAUGGAUUUGUCAAUGCCUCUGCGAAUAUAGGAAGCGUUAUUGGUCAAUUCACAUUCGGAUACCUCGCAGACGCCUUGGGUCGUUCAGCAAUCUACGGCAAAGAACUUAUGCUCAUCAUUUUUGCGACUAUCAUGUGCCUUACUACCCCAACGGGCUCACUAUCUCCCAACAGCUCGCUCAUAUAUCUGGGUAUUUUUCGUAUCAUUCUUGGAAUUGGCGUCGGUGGGGAUUAUCCGAUGUCCGCCUCUGUCACUUCCGACCGUUCGAAUCUGUACAAGCGCGGAACAAUGCUAGCGUAUAUCUUCGCUAAUCAAGGAUGGGGCAGCUUUAUAGGCUCCUUGAACACUGUUAUUGUUCUUGCCUGCUACAAACAUGUCAUGAAUGACGAGGGCGAGACGAGUAAGGCUGACGGUGUUUGGAGGAUAGUCGUUGCCCUCAGUCUUAUUCCGGCCUUUGCAACACUUUAUCAGCGACUCACGAUGCCGGAAAGUACGCGAUACACUGAAGCAAGACGUAUGGCGGAAAAUCAAGAAGCGGAUCUCGAAAAAGAGGUUCGGGCGCUCAAGAAUGUCGGACACAACACGGAGGGCAUAGCUGCUUCUUCAUCACUUUCUGGAUCCGAUAUUGAGAAGGAGGACCGGACUCAGGAAUCAACUGUGCCUCCAUCCCAAAAUGGUCCCGCGAACCCAGAGGCCAUCGCAACAAAGAAGGACAAGGCCCAGAUUGGAGAAUUCAUUGCAUAUUUUUCCGAAUGGCGUCAUGCCAAACAUCUCAUCGGAACCUGUGUUUGUUGGUUUUUACUUGAUAUCGCCUUCUACGGCAUCAAUCUCAAUCAGAAUGUUGUCCUUACUCAGAUUGGGUUUGCUGGAAAGACGGGGUCCGAUUGGGAAAAGUUAUUCAAGGUCUCCACUGGGAAUUUGAUCGUAACAGCGCUCGGAUUUGUUCCAGGAUACUACGCCACUGUCCUCACCAUUGAAAAACUCGGGAGGAAAUGGAUCCAGAUCCAGGGUUUCUUGCUCGCUGCACUGUUCCUUGGUAUCCUUGCUGGAAAGUUCAACACCUUGAGCCACGCCGCCUUCAUCGUGAACUUUGCGCUCCUUCAGUUUUUCUUUAAUUUUGGAGCCAAUGCUACAACCUACUGCUAUCCUGCUGAGGUUUUUCCUACGAGGUUCCGUGCGUUUGCCCAUGGCGUCAGUGCUGCAUCUGGCAAAGCAGGCGCUAUCAUUUCCGCGCUCGCAUUCAACGCUCUUAGUCAAGAUAUCGGUACCCCCGCUGUCCUUUGGAUUUUCUUCGGAUGCUGCAUAGCAGGCGCAUUCUUUACACUUCUGCUUCCUGAAGUGAAAGGACGAGAUCCUGACUUGGUUCUUGCUCAAGAAAUUCGUGAGGCAAGAGCAAAUCAGCAGGUGUUAAAAGGUGUCACGUAGUGAUCCCCACUUAAUUAAGGUUUGUCGUUAUAAAUACAUGUAACUGUAGUUCUGGAUGAUGGCACCUCCUCACCAGUGUCAAUACAUACAGUACGUCUCAAAAAGUGUAAAGUAGUACGGACUACAUAUUACCGUAACGUUCAUAGUCGUACCAGGUCGUACUCAUGUUGUACAUUUUACCACUAGAAUACCAGUGUGCACACAGGUAUUUGUAUGAAGUCGUGAGAAUUUGAGAUGUCUAGAUUUGCCGUGCAUUGACGAUUUUCCGGUCCUUUCGAACGCUG